AUGGGAAGUGGAAAGCCUAGAGGUAUUAACGCUGGACGUAAACUUAAGACUCACAGAAGAAUCAACGUGUGGGCUGAUAAGAACUACAACAAGUCUCACUCACAAUCAAAGUGGAGAAAACCAUUCUCCGGUGCCUCCCACGCUGCAGGUAUCGUCGUUGAAAAGGUCGCCGUCGAGGCUAAACAGCCCAACUCUGCCGUGCGUAAGUGCGUUAGAGUCCAACUCAAGAAAAACAACAAGAGAAUCACUGCCUUCGUACCAAAGGAUGGUGGUAUGUCUUUCAUUGACGAGAAUGAUGAGGUGCUUGUUGCUGGUUUCGGUAGAUCUGGUCAUGCCGUCGGAGAUUUGCCAGGAGUCAGAUUCAGAAUCGUCAAGGUCGCUGGAGUUUCACUCUACGCUCUCUGGCUCAGAAAGAAGGAAAAGCCAAUUAAAUGA